AUGGCCCGCGGUAGACUUAGUGAAAACGAACGUCAUUGCUUGGACUCUAACGGUCAGGAACGACAGGAUAUUGAAAAACCGGAUGUAAAAACGAAUGGUUUAAGAGUUCGCUUUCUUGAUGAAGAGGGGAAAACUGAAAGAACUGUGAGCGCUGAUGAAGUGGACAGUACUGUAACAAGGGUAAAAAAGGUUCACAUACUUAAGAACAGAAGUUCUAGCGAAACUAGUAUACUUCUUAGAAAUUCCUCUUUAAUUAAACGUCGUUCGAACGAGCGCAGGCACAGCGAUGGCAAUCCCGAUAAUCUAAACAAUAAUUCUUCGAAAGAGAAUUUGAACGGUAGAUGUGAACCAGAAAAGACUGAGCAUGGUACCAAAGAGAGCCAUUAUCGGCGGAACUGCAACGUUUACAGCGUUAAUCAAGCCAAGACUCUGACGCCGGAGCGUAAACGGAUUCCGCUGACAAUUCCGCGCCUAAUCAGCCACAAAGAGCACGUGAAGAGUAUAUUGCCCGCUGAAGUAUGUUUGGGGGAUGUACCUGUUGGGAAGGACUUCACGAGCCGCGCGAUUGGGAAGCUGUCACGAGGUCUUGGGAGGCUUUUGCGCCGCACCAACAGUGUCCGUAUCAGCGAGCCUGACCCGGUGUACAAGGUCGCCUACCUCGGCAACGUACUCACCGGAUGGGCAAGAGGUAUGACUUAUAUCAUAACUUGUUUACAAACAUUGCUAUAG